AUGUAUACCCCCCUGUUUCCCCCUAUCCCCCGCUUCCCUCUUUCCAGCUACAACCGGGAGAGCGUGCUACAGCUAAGACGGGUAACUCUUCCCUGUCUUAUUCUUCCUGCUUUCUCCCCCUCCCCUCUAUUCAGCUACAACCGGGAGAGCGUGCUACAGCUGCUGCUGUGGCGAGCGGGGGUUGUUGCAGAGGAGAGCCACAAGUGGCGGUUCACCCGGCUGCAGGACCAACUGCACCGCUUUGCACACAUCCGAUCCACCAAGGACAUUGUCACAGUGCGCUUCCCCUCAGUCGACCAUCCAGCCCACAGCAGCCGGGGUGACAGCGGCCGGAGGGACAAUGGCGGGGGUAACAGCGAUGAGGGUGAGAAUGGGACCAAUGAUGAUAGCAGCAGGUGUGGUGCCGAUACCAACCCUGCUGGUGGUGCUGCUGGUCCUGUUGGUUCUGCUGGUGCUGCUGCUGCUGCUGCUGCUGCUGCUGACGCAUUGAAUGCAUCUCCUACUGCCCCUAGCAGUAGCAGAGGCGGUGGCAGCAGCGCAGCCAGAGGCAGCGGCAGUGCGGGCAGCAGCAGCAGCGGCAGCAGGGACGCCUCGCACUGGGUUUGCGCGCUUUCAGGCGCGUCAGCCAGCAAUGGCCAGCCCUUCUCUCUCCUCCGCCCCUGCGGACAUGCCUUCAGCACGCGAGCACUUGCUCAGUUGAAGGUGAGGCAGUGUCCUGUGUGUGGGAAGGAUUACAAUGGAAGCUCUGAUGUCACUCCCAUCAAUCCCACAGCUGACCAGGUGGAGCACUUACAGCAACAACUGAAAGUGAAAGGUCGUGGCAAGAGAAAGAGUGUGCCAGCAUCUGAUCACAGUCCUGUAUUUCAUGCCGAAUCUCCAUCG